AUGUUACUAUCUGAGAAGAAAUACGAUGCGCAAAAGUAUUUCCGGUCACGUGCCGAGCUGGAAAUGCUCAGCGAACCGGAAUCUCGCAUUUAUUCGUCUCUGCGUUUUGACACGUUGGCAAAGGACUUUGAUCCAAAGGAUGCGGUGAUUUAUCUGGAAAGCUCUGGACUGCUUACUGCGGAUCUUGCAGAGAAGAUUGAGGCAAAGGCAACUCGAUUAGAAAGGAUGAGAGAAUUCUUACGGAUAUACCGCAGACAGGCGACGGAUUGUGAGCCGCUUAUUUCAUACUUUGAGUUCGCGGGCCAGGAACACAUCGCAGAUUUGUUGAGGACUGAUUUGGAACACGUUCUAGAUAGUUACGAAACUUCUACCGAAGUGACUCAUUUUCCGGAACAUCUUCGGCUACGAAAAUUGUUCGCAGGAGGUGUUCCGAGAGUGUAUCAGCAUGUACGAAGAACACAGUUGCAGAAUGAUGUCGCCAAAGUAUUGAGAGAACGAAAUUCGUUUAUUGUUGUUCUCCAUGGCAUAGCUGGAUGUGGUAAAUCAACACUAGCGGCAGCCGUUUUGGCGGAUGUUCCAGAUUUGUUGGGAGGGGAUGAUAAGAGUUCGGAUCCUCCAAGAUUGGUCGAUGUGUCUUCUGUGUAUUUAUGCAAACAGAUCCAAGAGGCUCUGAUUGAUAAUCCGAAUGUGCUCGUUAUUCUGGAUGACGUUGUACAGGAAGAGACGGUGAAAUGGAUCAAUCAACUUGGCCUUCGUGUACUGGCAACCAGUAGAAAUGCAGAGCUGUUCGCCUGUGCUUUAUGCUCUGUUGACAUUGUCCACGUCGACGGCAUCACUUCUGCAGAAGCGACAGAGUUUUUCUCCAUUGAUGCGACACCAUUGCAAGGAAAGAAGGAAGAAAUCCAGUCAGCCAUUAGCGCUGCAUUCGCAGUCUCCAGUGGAAAUGUUGCCUUGCUGAAUAUGCUCAAAAAAGCAGCUUCAGGUCGAGCGGAUCGUUUGGCUACAUUCUCCCGCCACUUAGAAGAACGCGGCUUGUCGUGGUUGACUCAGAAAAGCUCAUAUGAGUACGUUUCGAUGCACAUGUCAUUGACGACAUCAGUAGAGCGUUUGUCAUCAGACGAGCGAGAUACUCUUGCGUGUGCCGCGAUCUUGCCGUCGGAGGACGACAUUCCGCUUCAGGUGUGGGCGUUAUUCGUGCCAGUUGAUGUCGUUGACACUGAUGAGGCCGAGUUCCUAAUGUUUUUGUCCGAUCGACUCAGUAGAAUAUGUAGCAAUGGCGGCUGGUUAUUGCAUAAUCCGACGAAGGGCAACUUUUCGAAUAAGCAGAAUGGUGGAGAUUUAUCUACGAGAGGCUCUUGA